AUGUCUGCAGUGUCAAAGGCCGCGGCUGCUAAAAAAUCUGCCUCUGACUUCGCCCUGUCAGUCUUUUUUUAUACUGGACCUUUCUCACUUAUUCACUCACUCACUGACGUACUAUCUAUCUAUCUAUCUAUCUAUCUAUCUAUCUAUCUAUCUAUCUAUCUAUCUAUCAUCACUUCUGAUCAUAUGCAUCAAUUCUGUUCAUAUCUGUCUAUUUAUCAAUUAAUGUAUCUAAGUCUGUUCAUAUCGAUGUAUCUAUCUAUAUGUCUGUUCAUAUCUAUCUAUCUAUCUAUCUAUCUAUCUAUCUAUCUAUCUAUCUAUCUAUCUAUCUAUCUAUCUAUCUAUCUAUCCGAGUCCACUCAUACCUAUCUAAGUCGGUUCUUAUCUAUCUAUCUAUUAGGUUGGUGCAAAAAUAAUGACGUAAGAAUGUCGUUUUUGACGUUAAAAAAAUACGUCAAAAACGACAUUAUUACGUCAUUACCAACCAAUAAUCUAUCUAUCUAUCUAUCUAUCUAUCUAUCUAUCUAUCUUCUUUCUGCUCAUUCUCUAUCUGCCUCAUUCUGUUCAUUAUCUAUCUAUCUAUCUAUCUAUCUAUCUAUCUAUCUAUCAUCACUUCUGAUCAUAUCCAUCUAUGUUUCUUAUCUGUUCAUUUCUAUCUAUCUAUCUAUCUAUCUAUCUAUCUAUCUAUCUAUCUAUCAGCACUUUCCGACGGCUGUAAGAUAG